UCCCGAGGGCUCGGGCGGCCCCUGCAGCCGGAAGUCCCCAUCUUGGGGUCCCCGCUUCACCGCGGCCAGGCCUGUGCCUACCCCUGGCCGGAGGAGGAAGAAGUGAUCGGGCCCGGCGCCACCUUUCCCACCCGCAUCCCUGCGGGCCGGAACUCCUCCCGGGCGCAGCGCACUUGAACUCCAGGAACUGCAGCAGGCCGGCGGUCCCAAGCACCCCGCCCCCAGUCCUGGCAGCCUCAGUCCCUGUGCGGAGCGGACCGCUGGCGCGAUGAUGGCGCUGUGGCCGGUGCACAUCGGGCAGGAGCUGCUACUCUGGGGCGCGUUGAGCGCCGUCUCCCUGGCCGGCGCCACCCUAAUCCUGAACGUCCUGCGGAUGGUGGCGAGCUACGCGUGGACAUGGCAGCAGAUGAGGGCCGUCCCGACGUUACCCGGCGCCUACCCUUUCGUGGGCCACGCGCUGAAGCUGAAGCCGGACGCGAGAGAUUUUUUUCAGCAGCUAAUUUAUUACACUGAGGAAAACCGACACCUGCCGCUGCUGAAACUCUGGCUUGGCCCUGUGCCGGUCGUGAUCUUUUAUAAUGCAGAAAAUGUGGAGGUAAUUUUAACUAGUUCAAGGCAAAUUGACAAAUCCUAUAUGUACAAGUUCCUAAAACCCUGGCUUGGCCUAGGACUUCUUACAAGUACUGGAAACAAAUGGCGCUCUAGGAGAAAAAUGUUAACACCCACUUUCCAUUUUACAAAUCUGGAAGAUUUCUUAGAUGUCAUGAAUGAACAAGCAAAUAUAUUGGUUAAUAAGCUUGAAAAACAUGUUAACCAAGAAGCAUUUAACUGCUUUUUGUACAUCACUCUUUGUGCCUUAGAUAUAAUCUGUGAAACAGCUAUGGGGAAGAAUAUUGGUGCUCAGAGAAAUAAUGAUUCUGAGUAUGUCCGUGCAGUCUACAGGAUGAGUGAUAUGAUACAUCGAAGAAUGAAGAUGCCCUGGCUCUGGCUUGACAUUUUCUUCCUUAUGUUUAAAGAAGGACGGGAACACAGAAGGCUCCUGAAGAUCCUACAUAAUUUUACCAACAAUGUCAUUGUUGAGCGGGCCAGUGAAAUGAAGAAAGAUGAAGAACGUAGUAGAAGUGAUGAUGGGGGUUCUGCCCCCUCCAAAAAUAAACGCAGGGCUUUUCUUGACUUGCUGUUAAAUGUGACUGAUGAUGAAGGGAACAAGCUAAGUCAUGAAGAUAUUCGACAAGAAGUUGACACCUUCAUGUUUGAGGGCCAUGACACCACAGCAGCUGCAAUAAACUGGUCCUUAUAUCUAUUGGGCUGCUAUCCAGAAGUCCAGAAAAAAGUGGACAGUGAGCUGGAGGAAGUGUUUGGGAAAUCUGAUCGUCCUGCCACCUUGGAAGACCUGAAGAAACUUAAAUAUCUGGAAUGUGUUAUGAAGGAGACCCUUCGCCUUUUUCCUUCUGUUCCCUUAUUUGCCCGUAAUCUUAAUGAAGAUUGUGAAGUCGCGGGUUACAAAAUUGUGAAAGGAUCCCAAGCCAUCAUCGUUUCCUAUGCUCUGCAUAGAGAUUCAAGAUACUUCCCAAAUCCUGAGGAAUUCAAGCCAGAACGGUUCUUUCCCGAGAAUUCGCAAGGACGCCAUCCAUACGCCUACGUGCCCUUCUCUGCUGGACCCAGAAACUGUAUAGGUCAGAAAUUUGCUGUGAUGGAAGAAAAGAUCAUUCUUUCCUGCAUCCUGAGGCAUUUUUGGGUAGAAUCCAACCAGAAAAGAGAAGAACUUGGCCUGGCAGGAGAGCUGAUUCUUCGUCCAAGUAAUGGCAUCUGGAUCAAGUUGAAGAGGAGAAACACAGAGGAAUCCUAACUGUAUUAUUGGACUGUGCCCUUCUCAUGAAGGAGGUCUUUCUUUAAGGGAAACUUUGAAUUUGUAAUUUAGAGAUCAUGAGUUCAACACUCUUAAUCCUUAGACCUAAUUUUCUCUUGUCACCACUUACCUUGGGAUCAAGUCUACCAAGGAGAGAGUUUUUAUAUUUUCAUCACCACCAUAGAUCUUACCCCUUGUCCCAAAAGUACAGUUAACUGAUGACAGCAUCCAAAUAAACGUCUAACAAGUUCUCAAAAGUGGAAUCCACAGGCCAAUUCAAUGUCAAUCAACAAACCGGACGGAUAUGAUUUAAUUGAGGUUCCAGAAUUUUUGUAAGGAAUUCUUGUUGACUCAGGAACAUAUAUAUGCAUAUAUCCAUAUAGACCUAAUCUGAAGAGCGUAAUUCAGGACUUACACUUAAGGAGGUUAAGUUUUUAAAAUUACAUCAGUUCCAUCAGUUAUGAGAGUAAUUAUUAUGGUGCUUUUCAGAUUCCAUCCCCUAGAGUGGAUCACUUAUGAGUUAACUCAGGUUCUGUUUCUGUUUCCCUUUUGACUGUGUACUUGUGGUCUUCAUUUUAUUCUUCACAGCAUCACAGUUACCUUUAUAUGUCAUGAAUUAUGGGGCGAGAUUCCUCUUGGCAAUGUCCAGUCCCUCACGGUGCCUCAUAAACUUUUGGAGCUGGAGCGACCCUGGAGCUUAUCUAGUUAUACUCCCUUUUAUUAGAAGUAAGGGAAUGAGAUCAAUGAGAAGGUAAAUUUCUGUCCAAAGUCGUGCCACUAGGGGGUGACAGGGCUGGAAAUAAUUAGCGGUCUAUACUCUAAAUGUCUCCCCUCCCAAUAUGAUAGACUUCUGUUAUAGUAUGCUAUUGCUUUAUGGAGCUCAGGUCUAUCACUAGCUGUGUCAUUAGAACACAGAUGCUCUGCCUCUGACUUUGGUGUAUUUCUUCUAGAAUUAUUCCAUCAUUAAAGGAAAAGAGAAGUCGUUCAUUUAUACUCAGUAACCCAGUAAAUUUAAUCCUCUAGAGCAUACCUACCAAGUUGAUAACUGACACACUGUCCUGAAUUUUAAUUCCAUCCACAAUUUCUCUACUCCCUCACUCAGUGACGUUAAAAAAUUCUUUUGAUAAUUUUAAUAAGAUUGUUCCUUCAAUUUUCCCAAGGCAAUAACAGAUAGAAGCAACAAAUGAAGAGGAUGGAAUAUAUAUUCUUCAGUGGCUAUCAAAGGAAGAGGUUACAAAACCAAAGCCAUUUGGAAAACACUACAGGCUGAGGCAUUUAGGGCAGGGUCAGUAGGUAACCCACUUUACUGUCCCAAAGAGCCCCAGUGUAGACAACCCAGGCCCUAAGUUGAGAAGAAAAAGUCAAAAAAGCGUAUGAUACAACUGAAAAAAUUCCUGUCACGUGGAUAAUCUUGUUAUCUAGAAAGUGGAGAUAUGUAGAAAAUCUUGUUCUCAGAUGACUUUGGACAAUUAACAUUUUAUUCAUGGAAAUCAGUAUUAUUUCUCAAUUUUAUGCACUUACAUUUAAACUGUGCCUGUUUUUUUUUAAGUGACCCUACACUAAAUUUGAAAUUAAAUUUAAAACAAAACAUUGCUUAAUGUUACCUUUUGGCCUAAGAUUUUCACUUAGCACCAGAAUCAUUGGUUAUUCAUGGUUUAAUUGGAAGUUCACUUCAACCAUGUCAAGAGUUGGAAUUGAGAAAUUAUAUCAUGAUCUGUAGUAACAAAAGGCAAAUGUUGAUUUUUUUUUUAAAUAAGAGGAUGAUCAAGUACCUGUUUGUGUCUAUUACCUGUCCUACACCUGCUUGAAAGAGGUAUCUGAAGAAAAAUAAAUUAUAUUUUCAA